AUGGCGGUGGUGCGGUACCAAAUGGGAGAAAACGUCACGUCCAUUAUCAGCGAUUUAGCUAAAAUGAACAGCGCUCAAAUACUUUUGCUAUGCGAUUGGAAGGCGACAAAAUUCAUCAUACACCGGAUGUUAGGGAUUUCCGUCCUUUGGAAGCGGAGGAAUGUCUUUCUAAUCGAAUUUCAAGAGGAAAAUCGCAUCGAAGAACUGCGGAAUUUGAUAUUUCGAGAUAGUAAUUUGCUAUUUUUUAAUGGAAAUUCUACGGAAAUUUUAAAACUGGUAUACAAUGGCAAAAUCAAUAAAACUUUGAUAAUAAAGCUAAAUGUUUCCGAGUCGAAAACGGAAGCGUUUUGUCCGGAUGGAGCAGUUUCCAGAAGCGGCAUUGGCUCUUUGGAUGGAAGAACGAUUAAAGUUGCGCUCCAGCCGCAUUUUCCUUUCUAUUCUCGAGAAUCGGAAAAAAAUUCCGGAGUCGACAUCAAACUCUUGGAUAUUCUUAGCGAAUAUUUAAAUUUUACGUACAAAAUACGGCACUCUUUGGACGGUGUUUGGGGAACGUUUAACGACGGAAUGAUCGGAAUGAUACGCAGAGAGGAAGUGGAUCUGGCCAUGGCGGGAAUGACCGUAACGUCGGAACGAUCGGCAGCGGCAGACUUCAGCCUGGCGUACGCCUUCGAUCGAACAGUUUUUGUAACCAGAGCGCCCGGACAGAAGAGCAAAACUUGGGCUAUUUUCUUGCCAUUCGCUCGGAAGACAUGGAUGGCGAUAGCCGUUACCAUCGUUCUGAUGACAUUUGUUUUAUCCUUGGUGGAAAACGGUAUUUUUCCAUCCGUUUGGAGGACAAAGCCUAAGCUGACCCUUUAUAAUAGCUUCUUUUGGAUAUAUAGAGCCGUUAUAAAUCAAGGUUGCUACGCAGCCAUUUCUACUAGAACUAGGAUUGUGGUUUCUUGUUGGUGGCUUUACGUACUCGUCGUUAGCACCUAUUAUACAGCUAAAUUGAUGUCUUACCUCACGAAUCCCGGACUAGAACAACCCGUUGAUACCGUUCCCAAAUUAAUUGAACUUCUGAAAGCCGGAACUUACACUUGCGGUACGAUUAAGAGCUCUUCGGAUUACGCAUUAUUUAAAAAUCAUUCAAAUCCCGUCAUACUAGAAACAAUGAAUUCCGAUUCGUCGAAUUUCGUGAAGCACGACGUCGAAGGAUUGAAGAAAUGUUUGGAAAAGAAUUACGCAUACAUCGCUGGUGAAUUAACGAUAAAAGCGGAUAUUCGAUACGAAUCGAAAUUCCUCUUCUCUAAGGACACGUUUCGAGUGUUCGGAUACGGAAUUGCUUUAUCCAAACGAUUUUGGCACCGGCAAUCGUUCGACCACGUAAUAAUUCGCUUAUUCGAAGCGGGAAUAAUUGACAAGUGGAUUCAUUCGUUGAUAGAUAAGAAAAGAAUGCAAACAAUAGAUGAGGAUCGGCAGAAUCCGCUUUGUCUUUCCGACUUGCAAAGCGUUUUUAUUCUUUUCAUUAUCGGAUUAAUAAUUGCCAUCAUCAUUUUUAUCAUCGAGAUUUGUCAUAGAAAACGAACAAAACUUUGUUGAAAUUUAUGUUAAUCGAAGACAGGACGCACAGAAGGGGCAAAUCGCCCCACAUUCCAAGGAAGUAGUGGUCCCACACAAUAAUUUUUUUGCUUACUUCAAUUUAAUUUCAUGUAGGUACUGAUACGUAUUUUGCCCAAAGCUCCUCUGGGUGCGUGUCUCGAGAUACACGAGUAACCACAGGUGUGUUUUCAGGGUCGUGUCACAAACUCUUUUCAGUGGUGCGUUACAACUUCGUGCGGCCCAGACAAAUUUGAAUUAGGGGUUCCCGUGUAGUGUUGACUUCAAUUUUCUUAUAACAUUGGUUGGGGAGCCGGACAGUUUUCCUUUUUGCAUAUAGGGUAACGCGACACCGAUUUCUUCAGAAAACGGUCUCACUGAACAAGUUAGUACUACGUGAUAUUCUUAUACGUUAGUGUUUUUACUUACGUAACUCGAAACUAGGCACCCUGGACUAGGGUGACCAGAUAUUUACAUAGUCAAAGUAGAGCAUUUGAAGUUUUAUAAUGCUUCCCAAUAGGACAUUUGACAACCCAGCUUAAAACAAUAAAAAUUGGUAGUAAAAAAAGCACAAAACACUAAAAAUUGAUAAGUAAAUAAUUUUAAAUUGAUAUACUACUCUUGUUGUUUUAAAUGCUACUCUUUGUUGCAAUUGUACCGAUUAUCUAAAUAUAUAAAAUUACUUGUCCUGUCUGUCUGAGUCACUGAUUGAUUCAUCAUCGCCCAGAGCAAACCGCUGGACCUAAAAAGAUGAAAUUUGGUACACAGGCACACUAUGAAGGGAUUUUUCGAAUUUCCCCGCAGGGGAGAGGAAGAGCAUUAAGGCUUAACCGGAAAAACGGCUUCUACUGUACUAUU